UGACAUAAAAUGUCCACGACUUCACGAAAAGCGUACAUGGAUUCAUGACGUCAUAAUGUUUAUGAUAAGGAAAACAGUGUGUUAAUCGAUCUUAACCCGUUACAGCGCUACCUAUUGUUGAAAUUAGCAGUUUCAACAAUUAACUGGCAGAAAUGAGUUAUUUCUGUAAUGACAAACAGUGAUGAUGACACGGUAAAAGUGAUACCACAAUCUAUAAAUACUCUGUAAUAGUAAAGGUCCUACUGCCACACGGUAAAAUACUCAACAGUGAGAGUACUUAAAUACUCCGAAGAAAGGCCUAACCCUAACCCUACCACCUAACCCCUUCAUUAAUACAAGUGUAUGUUUUAUAUAAAGGAUUUAUGUUAUUUUAUUCUUCUGCUCCUAACUCCUGCACUUCCGGCGGCGGAAAGUUACCAUUAAAUGAGCAGCAGAAGAAGAAGAGCGGCACCACCGAAGAACAAACCAAGUGCCGCUGUGUGACGUGACUACCGGAGGUAAGCGCCGUCCCACUUAACCGGAGAAAUGACGGCUUUGUGUCGGUUUUCCUCCCGGUACUCGUGGAGCUCUUGGUGACGGGAUACCGGUGGAGACAUUGCCCUGCCUGAACUUCCUGUGACCUCUGACCCCUGACCCCUGACAAUGGUGUUGAGGGAGGUCCCCGUGGAGAACAUUGCUCGCCCUCUGGGCAGGAACGAAGUCAUCGGCCUGCUCUUCAGACUCACCAUAUUUGGAGCCGUCACCUAUUUCACCAUAAAGUGGAUGGUGGACGCCAUUGACCCCACCAGGAAGCAGAAGGUGGAGGCUCAGAAGCAGGCUGAGAAGUUGAUGCGUCAGAUCGGAGUAAAGAACGUGAAGCUUUCUGAGUAUGAGAUGAGCAUCGCUGCUCACCUGGUCGACCCUCUGACCAUGCAGAUCACAUGGAGAGACAUCGCUGGUCUGGAUGAGGUCAUCACAGAGCUGAAGGAGACGGUCAUCUUACCUGUUCAGAAGAGACACCUGUUUCAGGGAUCCAGACUUCUGCAGCCUCCCAAAGGUGUGCUGCUGUACGGACCCCCUGGUUGUGGGAAGACGCUCAUCGCCAAGGCGACUGCCAAGGAGGCGGGGUUUCGCUUCAUUAACCUGCAGCCCAGCACGCUGACGGACAAGUGGUACGGAGAGUCCCAGAAGCUAGCGGCUGCUGUCUUCUCAUUGGCUGUCAAACUGCAGCCGUCCAUCAUCUUUGUCGACGAGAUAGACUCCUUCCUCAGGAGCCGAUCCAGCUCAGACCACGAAGCGACGGCCAUGAUGAAGGCCCAGUUCAUGAGUCUGUGGGACGGACUGGACACGGACCACCACUGUCAGGUGAUCAUCAUGGGAGCCACCAAUCGUCCUCAGGAUUUGGACUCUGCUAUUCUGAGGAGGAUGCCCACCAGGUUCCACAUCAACCAGCCUAGUAUGAGGCAGAGGGAGCAGAUCCUCAAACUCAUCCUGGAGGACGAGAGCGUUGACCUGUCUGUUGACCUCCUGGACGUUGCCAAGGAGACGGAUGGUUUCUCAGGAAGUGACCUGCGAGAGAUGUGCCGUGACGCCGCUCUGCUCUGUGUGCGAGACUUUGUCCACACGCAGAGCGACAGUCCAUCAGAGGACUUCAUCCGUCCCAUCCAUCAGUCCGACCUCGACAAGGCCAUCGGUAAGAUGAAGAAAUCAAAGAUGGCAGGCGGUCACAGCGCUCUGCUGCACGCCGCCCUGGACUGAACGAACACACACACACACACACUCUUCAUGUUCUGACCCCCCCCGCCCCCCCUCCUACAAUAUGUGCCACUUGCUUCUAUUGUUGCUGAAACCCAACCUUCAGAGAUGGGAAUAAAAACAUGAAACAUAAAGGCUGGGGUGAGAAUCUUUUAAAAUAAGCCAGAAAGUAAAGAACUGUAAAAUGUAGAUUUAAUUAGAGAAAGACCAUGUAAAAAAACCAAUAGUUCAGAUCAGUACAUAUUGGUGACUUAUUUAUUAUAAAUAAGACGUUAAACAACGGACCUGUAAAAUGAAGCCGUGUCAUCUUUUAAAUGUUUAUACAAACUAUUUUCAUGAAAUGUACUUUUAUGAUUAAUAUUCUGGUGUUAAAAUGUUUGAAGAACUCUUUUGGAAAAUACUGAUGUUACGGAUAAUUGAAACGGGAACAUAGUUAAAAUUUCAUUGAAGAUUCUGCCGAUCUGCAAAAGUUUUUAUAUUGACUUUUCAUCUGUAAAGUUGUCAGUUUUUUUUCACAUUUGUUUCCUGUUAAGUUCUGAUGAAAUAAACGUGUGUAAAUAA